GUCCUGGAGGAAGAGCGGCGGAGGCAGAGGGAGGCUGGGGUUGGCAGUGACCCGGGACUAAGGUCUCUUAGGCCCCCUGGAGCCUCCUUCAUGGACCCAGGGAUCCUGAGAGGGGCUGCCUCAGCUUAGGAUGGGCAACUGUGUCAAGUCUCCACUGAGAAAUCUCUCAAGGAAGAUGCGCCGGGAGGAGAUGACCAGCUACAGCGUGGUGCAGACAAGCGAGGAGGGGCUGGCGGCCAGCGGCGAGCUCCCUGGACCGCUCCUGAUGCUGGCCCAGAACUGUGCGGUCAUGCACAACCUGCUGGGCCCUGCCUGCAUUUUCCUGCGCAAGGGCUUCGCUGAGAACAGGCAGCCUGACAGAUCACUGCGGCCAGAAGAGAUUGAAGAGCUCCGAGAGGCCUUCAGAGAAUUUGACAGGGACAAAGACGGUUACAUCAACUGCCGGGACCUGGGCAACUGCAUGCGCACCAUGGGCUACAUGCCCACCGAGAUGGAGCUUAUUGAGCUGUCCCAGCAGAUCAACAUGAACCUGGGUGGCCAUGUGGAUUUUGAUGACUUUGUGGAGCUAAUGGGACCUAAACUCCUGGCUGAGACGGCAGAUAUGAUUGGAGUAAAGGAACUGCGAGAUGCUUUCCGAGAGUUUGACACCAAUGGUGAUGGGGAGAUAAGCACCAGUGAGUUGCGAGAGGCCAUGAGGAAACUCCUAGGUCAUCAGGUGGGACACCGAGACAUAGAGGAAAUUAUCCGAGAUGUGGACCUCAAUGGGGAUGGCCGAGUGGACUUUGAAGAGUUUGUCCGGAUGAUGUCCCGCUGAGGCCGUGAGGGCCCCUCCAGGACUGCCAAGCUCCCACAGGGGCGAGCAGAGGAGCCAGAGCUCGCCCACCCCGCCGCCGCCGAGAGCCCAGGAUGUACUGGUGGACGGGGCCUGCCUGCACCCCGGGGAAGGUGCCCACCCCGGACCCCACCCCUCCGCACUGUGAAAGACUCACAACUCCUGCAACUGGAAAGGGGGUGCCCGCCGACAAGGAGGCCAUAGUGCCAAGCCCGCAGAGGUCAUGCAAGGCGCGAAGUGCCAUGUACCCAGCCGCCGCUGGCUGGGUGGGCCAGGGAGCCCGCCAGCAGAUCCCACAUAGCAUGUCUGCCCUGGGCAAAGCCUCUCGCUGCCCUCCUUAGCUCUGCGCCCAUCCCAGCUCGCCUCAGCCUUGUUAUCUCGGAACCAAUAAAAGUAUUUCCAAGAGCAA